CACGCCGGGGCCGGGGUCGCGGAAUCCCGGUGGUUGCGCAGCUUCGCUCACCAACCCCACGGCCGGCGGGUGGAGGGGUCUCAGUACUCCCCCUCCCGGUGUAGGCGGCUGCGCACGGGGGCGGGGGCGUCCUGGAGCUCCCGAGAUGCCCCUCCCGUAGACUUUUCAUCCCCCACGCAGACCUGGCUGGGGCCCUCUUAGCAGCCCCAGACCCUGGCGGCCUCUGGCCGGGUCCCGGCACAGUGGGGGCGGGGUUCUCAGCCACCCCCCCCCGACCCCACCCUUGACGGAGGUGUGCGUGUCUCAUAGCCCUUGGGGUACAUACCCCUCCUCCCCCCCAUCCGCUGCCAUUCCCAUCGCAGAUCCACAAUUUUUUGGGGGGGGUCUCAGCACCCCCUAAGGAUUUUCCCCCAACAACUCCCUUCCGGGUCUCUCCCGCCGCUGACAGCUGUGGCUUCACGCCCUGGGAUGGGAGGAUCACGGCGCCCCUCCUGGCUCCCCUAAACCGCCGGGUCGGACAGUCCGCCUCCUCCCUUUGUUUCUGGAAAGCACGGGGGUGAGGGGCUCCCAGCGCCGUCUCUGGCCGCCCCUCCAGUCUUUUUACACACGCAGGCCCAUUCGUGCGUGACAAAUCGGGGCUGCCCGAGGGCGCGGGGCGGCGGCGGCGGCAUGGAGGCGCGCUUCACGCGCGGGAAGUCGGCGCUGCUGGAGCGCGCGCUGGCGCGGCCGCGCACCGAGGUGAGCCUGAGCGCCUUCGCGCUGCUCUUCUCCGAGCUGGUGCAGCACUGCCAGAGCCGCGUCUUCUCCGUGGCGGAGCUGCAAGCACGCCUGGCCGCGCUGGGCCGCCAGGUGGGCGCCCGCGUUCUGGAUGCGCUGGUGGCUCGCGAAAAGGGCGCCCGGCGCGAAACCAAAGUGCUGGGCGCCCUGCUCUUCGUUAAAGGCGCCGUGUGGAAGGCGCUGUUCGGCAAGGAGGCCGACAAGCUGGAGCAGGCCAAUGACGACGCCCGCACCUUCUACAUCAUCGAGCGGGAGCCGCUCAUCAACACCUACAUCUCCGUGCCCAAGGAGAACAGCACGCUCAACUGCGCCAGCUUCACGGCGGGCAUCGUGGAGGCGGUGCUCACACACAGCGGCUUCCCCGCCAAGGUCACGGCACACUGGCACAAGGGCACCACGCUCAUGAUCAAGUUCGAGGAAGCGGUCAUCGCCAGAGAUCGGGCCCUAGAGGGCCGCUGACACCCCCUCCCCCCACCCCCCAGAUAAAGGAUGCAGAUAGCCCACUUC